GAGUGGAGUAGCAGAACCAGACCGUGUCCGUGAGAACUUCCAGUCGGCCAAAGAGUCGGGGUACUACGUUGUGAACGGAGUGGAGUUGAGCAAAGUUGUCACAUUGCUGGACGCCUCAACUUUUUGUGAGGAGUACAUGGAGUUCUCGAAGCUGUACGAGCGAGAAGACCUGAUUGAUGGCGACGUAGGGGAAAUGGCAGAGUGUGGCAUUGUGGAGUUGCUGGUGGAACAGACCGAG